AACACAGACUCUAUGUACACACACCCUGUUGUCACACUUGUUACAAGUAUCAGCUGCUAGUUUAGCAGUUUGUUGUGAAGACUCAGGGAUGUGAUUUAACAAAACAGGUAGAACAAGUUUGGGUUCCAAAUAAAUCCAUGCCAGAGCUCUGUGUAAUCGGCGUUCUGUAUGGCUCAGAGGUGCCAGCAUAUAAAAAUAGUCAAACGCAGAGGCCAAAUUUAACAUCUGGGGUGCUGCCAAUGACAGAGCAAUCUGAUCUAAUAAUCAGAGGCGCGCAAUCCUAGGGAGUAGACCAGAAAGUUCUGCAUAAGGAUGUUCCAGAAGAUCACAAGGAUGGGUAGAAAUUUCCGGUACUACUUCCAGCAUCCAUGGUCACGCAUAGUAAUUGCUUAUCUGGUGACGUUUUUCAAUUUUUUAAUAUUUGCUGAGGAUCCGGUGUCUCACAGCCAGACGGAAGCCAACGUUAUUGUUGUAGGGAACUGCUUCUCAUUUAUAAUGACCAAAUAUCCGGGAGGAGCUUGGAACUUUUUAAAAGUCCUUUUUUGGCUUAUUGCCAUCAUCGUUGGCCUUGUGGCCGGGAAGUUCCUAUUUCACCAACGUUUAUUUGGUCAUUUACUGCGCCUUAAAGUGUUUAGAGAGGAUCAUGGCUCUUGGAUGACCAUGUUUUUCAGCACAAUACUUUUCCUCUUUAUCUUCUCACAUAUCUACAAUCUUUGUCUACUUAUGGCUGGAAAUAUGAGUCCAUACAUUAUAACCGAAUUUAUGGGCAUCAGGAAUGAGAGCUUCAUGAAGGUAGCAGCAGUUGGAACGUGGAUGGGAGACUUUGUGACAGCUUGGAUGGUGACAGACAUGAUGCUUCAGGACAGUCAAUACCCAGACUGGGGUAAAUCUGCACGAGCUUUCUGGAGGAGGGGGAACAUCCGGAUAAUUUUGUUCUGGACAGUGUUAUUCAGUCUGACCUCUGUGGUUGUUCUUGUCAUCACUACUGACUGGAUAAGCUGGGACAAGCUGAAUCGUGGAUUUCUACCCAGUGAUGAAGUCUCAAGAGCUUUUUUGGCAUCCUUUAUCUUGGUUUUUGACCUUCUGAUUGUUAUGCAGGACUGGGAAUUUCCACACUUUAUGGGAGAUGUUGAUGUCAAUCUUCCUGGUUUAUCUACAUCACACAUGCAGUUCAAACUGCCAAAAUGUCAAAGGAUAUUUAAAGAAGAAUAUCACAUACAUAUAACAGGUAAAUGGUUCAACUAUGGGAUUAUCUUUCUUGUGCUUAUCCUUGAUCUCAACAUGUGGAAGAACCAAAUCUUUUACAAGCCAUCACCAUAUGGCCAGUAUAUAGGCCCAGGUCAAAAGAUCUAUACAGUUGAAGAUGCUGAAAGUUUACAAUAUCUUAACCAGACGAUGCUAUCUUGGGAAUGGAGGUCAAACAACACAGACCCUUAUACUAACAGAAGCUAUGUUGAAGGCGACAUGUUCCUUCAUAGCAGAUUUAUUGGGGCAAGUCUUAAUGUGAAAUGCUUGGCUUUUAUUCCUAGCGUUUUGGCCUUUGUGUUGUUUGGAUUCUUUAUUUCAAUCUUUGGGCGCUUUCAUAAAAGUGAACAAGGCAUGGAGAAUAAAGAUAAAUCGUACAAACGCAUCAACAAGAAGUCACCUUCUGAACACAGCAAGGAAAUGGGAAUGACUAUAGAAAAUUUGCAAGCUGUUGUAGAGGAGCCCUUAUGUCUACAUCACCCAGCACUUGUAGAUGGAAGGACAAAGGAAGAUGAAGUGUUGUGCUACCCUUCUUCUUCGACAGAGUUGGAUAAUCCCUCUUCAUUGUCACAAUCUGAGCCAGUGGCGGACAUCGUCCCCUAUGAUGAGGCUAAUAGUUAACCAUGUGUCAAAUGGACAUGGCAGUAAUGUAUAUUAUAGGUUUCCUAUACCUUUGUUGCUCAAGUAAAUAAUUAUACGGUAACUGGUGCUCAAAAAUGUAAAAUCUACACAUUUUUGUAUUUUGCUAUGUGCCUAUAUUUAACAUUCCUUAGAACGUAUGUAGGUGCACACCUGAUAGUUGCACAUAAAUUUAACAUUUUAGGGUUAUUUAAUAAACACUAACCAUGCGUUUUAGCAAUGAAAUAUUACCCAAUUAGAGCUCAAAUCAGUUGCGUUUAUUUGACCCUGAAUAGGGUUAUAAAUUAAUAAAAGGUGCAAGGUGUUUCUGUAAUUUUAGUGUGGUUUUCUAGAAUAGAGCAGACUUUGAGAACUAGCAUUUGACUUUAUCACAACUAGGUUUAUACUUCCUCCAGUAAGGUCCUGUAAACCUCUGUAAUAAAGUGAUAUACCAACUUAGGGCUUUACGAAUAACCUCCUUCCUUCAACACUUACAACUAUUUGGCAAACAUGUUCCAUUUAAUUUUUGGGUCCCGGUGAAGCCCCAUGGCCAGUAGUUUUGUCUCUUGACAUAUAUGGAUAAAUACUGGAUUUUAGUAGUUUAGUGGAUAUACAGGGGGUGGAUAAAAUAAAUAACAUGACAAAAAUAGUUCAGAUUUGUGCAUACUUUUUAAAAACAUAAUCGCUUGCUUAGAUUAGCCCUCACCUGCAGUCCAUUCACAUAGAAAUGUACAACCCUCAUUCAGUGCUAUGCCAUCUGACAACAGUGAAUGUUAAAAAAAAAAGAAAGAAAAAUGAAAGGGCUGUCAAGUGCAACAUUUGCCAUAUUUCACAUAUGGGUAAUGUUACAAGAACCUUAAUUACUCAUUAAAUAGUAGGACAACCACCACCUGGCUGUGGUGUGGCAAGGUUCUCUGAAAUAUAUUCACAUUUCAGUAGAUAACAUUUCACUAGUGGCAACCGGUGGUAUUUUUUGGAAGGGUGACAUCGGUGGCCUCAUCUGCUCGGCAGCAGGGUACAUCUUUCCCUGCUCUCUACGGGCAUCAUGGCUGCUUACAUUUCCUCCCCCCUCCUCGGUAGCCAACUGGAAAGCAGGUCUCAUACCCACUUCUAAUUAGCCAGAUUGAGGAUCUGUGUUUUAAUAGCGAAUAUUCAUUCGCUGUUGCUUUGCCUCUGGCUCUGGCCUCUGGCUCUAAUCAGGUGCUUCAAAAAAACAACGCCGCUGCUGUAAUUCAUGCGCCCGGCAUCCUGAAAGGAUGAAUAGGGGGUAGCGACUGUGGAUAGAGGGGGUGGCGCCCGGGUGCCCCUAACGGAUGGGUCGCCACUGCAUAUCACAUAAAGUAUAUGUAAUAAAGCUUGGGUGUCUUAAUUAUAAAUGUUUUUACAUAAGAUGAACACAACUUUCACCUAUGAUUUGCACAUUUUGAAGAAUCCUGGAUAAAAGGUCUUGUGUUAAAACCUUUAUUAAUAAUGCAUAGUGUCAGGUCAGCUUUAAGGCCCCGUACACACGACCGAACAUGUCUGCU